GAUUCACCAUGUCCAUUCGAGUACUUGGGACGAUCGACAGAGACUCAUCAGUCCAGAUCUAAAUCAGCGCUGCAUUUUGGGUUUGCGCUCGGCGCGUGCAUUCAGCUUCACACCCUCGUGUGUACACGGUCGCGAGGCAGCAAGCUGUUGUUGCAAAUUGGUCGGGCGGCCCCUGUUCCUCUGCACGGAUCUCUAAGGCCGCUCAAGAUCGAACAUGUCGGACGAUGAGUUUCUGAUGGAUGAUGCGGCGGAUGAGGAUUACGAUUUUGAUUACGAGGAGGACGAUGGGGAUGCCGGAGAUGCUGACAUCGAGAACUUGUACUACAACGCCAAAGGCAAGAAGGAGGACGAUCCGGAAGGCGCUUUGGCAGACUUUCGAAAGGUCGUAGAACAGGAAGGCACACCUGGCGACUGGGGCUUCAAAGCGUUGAAGCAGUCUACCAAGCUAAAUUUCAGGCGAGGAAAGCAUGCGAAUGCGCUCAAAACGUACGAAGAGCUGCUGGGCUACACCAGAUCAGCGGUAACAAGGAAUUACUCCGAGAAGAGUAUCAACAACAUCUUGGACUACGUCUCUGCUGCUGCGGGAGAAGGUCACGGCUCAGCUAUUUCUCACAGCAACGAGGGGUCAACGCUCGACCUGGCUACCAUGGAACGCUUCUACAGUACCACGAAGACAGCUUUAGAGAGCGCAAAGAAUGAGCGACUGAGCAUCAAAACGGACCUGAAAUUGGCUCGACUGUGGCUCGCGAGGAAGGAAUGGGGCAGACUUGCAAAGAUUCUCAAAGAUCUACGAGCUCACUGUGAAGAGCAGUCUGGCGAAGGCGAUGGUAGCAGAGCAACUGUGUUGCUCGAAGUCUUCUCGCUAGAAAUUUUGAUGUACGACGAGAUGCGUGAUUUCAAGAAGCUCAAGGAGACGUACGAUGCGACGUUGAGCGUGCGCAGUGCUAUUCCACAUCCCAGGAUCAUGGGCGUUAUUCGAGAAUGCGGCGGCAAGAUGCACAUGGCCGAGAAGCGCUGGAAAGAUGCGCAGAUGGACUUCUUCCAGUCAUUCUUGUCGUAUGAUGAGGCUGGUAGCCCUCAGCGAAUCACUGUUCUAAAAUACCUGGUUCUCGCGCACAUGCUCAUGGGUUCAGACAUCAAUCCGUUCGACAGUCAGGAAACCAAGCCAUACAAAAACGACCCUCAAAUCGUCGCCAUGACCAAUUUGGUGGCGGCUUACCAGCGCAGAGAAGUGCAUGAAGCAGAGAAGAUUUUGAGGGAGAAUCGGGCCACCAUCAUGGACGAUCCAUUCAUCAGAGCUCAUAUCGACGAAGUGCUCAAGGGUCUGCGAACCCAGUAUCUCAUCGACUUGAUCCAAUCGUAUACGCGUGUGGAGCUUAGUUUCCUAGCGAGGCAUCUGAACAUCACCACCGCGGCAGUCGAAGAGCUGCUCAUGGUACUCAUUCUAGAUGGUCGCAUUGCAGGACGCAUCGAUGCGGUGCAAUCCAGGCUCAUCAUCCAUCCCAAGGAUGAUGCGGGGGCGGGGGCGGGAGGAGGCAAGACGCUGGCUGGCAGGCGGUACGACGCUUUGCACAAGUGGGUGCAGGAAAUCGAUAGGCUUGGAGAGUCCAUCGAGGAGAAGCACGCCAUGCAUGGUUCGGGACCUGGUGCAGGCAUGGCACAGCCGAUGGGCGGCAUGAGCGGUCUGGGUCGAGCCUGGGCUCAACAGAUGUGAACUCGCGUCGACUUUUCGUUCCGUGUACUACUAGCAAGCGCCCCCCCC